AUGACACUAGCAUCAUCUUCAGUGAAAACAACAGCAAAACCAACGUUUAUACUCCCUAACACUUACCACAACAAUAGCUUAAACAGUAGCAGUACAACCGAUAGUAGUACUAAUACUAGCCACAUCAAUGAGGCUACUAACCAUAGUAACAUCAGUAUGGAAGUUGCUGGUGUAUUUGGGAUCUCUAUAAUUCCACUUUCACCAUAUAGAGCCAUUGUAAAUGGGUUUGAGUUUAACCUGGAAGGAAUUGUAGAGAGCAACAACAACAACAACAAAAAUAAUAAAAUUAUGGUUAUUAUUGUCUACGUUACCCGUAGCGGCAGAGGUAGAUUCUACGUUCAGCUGGCGUGCGAUGUUCUGAGACCGGCUUCAAACGCAAGGCCGUCCUUUAGAAAAAUUCACAAACCCUUCGUCGAUGGUAAAGAACAUUAUGGUGAUGAUAAUGAUAAUAACAUUAAUAAUGAUAAUAAAAAUAGUAAUGAUAGUAAUAAUAAUAAAAAUAAUGGUAAUAAUAAUAAGGAUGAUGGCGACGAUGACGAGUAUUUCGAAUUGCGUCACCCGUGUUGCUGCCCGAACGUCUGCUCAACAAAUCCAAUGUUGAAAAAUUUCCUCAACAAAACGGCAACGUUGAUUUACGGAAAUGACGACGUUUCAAUGUUGAAGUCUGCGAAUGAUUCAACAAAUUUUCUGUUGCGUAACGAACAUGGGUUGGAUGGUAGCGAUGUGAAUGAAUCUCAAAAGCAUUACAUAUGGGUGGUGAUAGUGGUGAAUGGACUGAUCGUAGUGGGGGCCGUCUGCAUAGCUGCCUUCUGCUGCAGACGCACCGGUUCUGCCCUCUCUGCCGUCGACGGUCCCUACAACUAUCUACCCAAACCCUGGUCCAACCACUACUCUCUGCACUCCAGUUUGAACACCAUCUACAAGUUCAGUCCCGCCACUGCUACCACAAAGGCCACAAACAAGCAGCUGGCAUCUGCGAAGUACGACCUUGACGACGAUCAGACCUACUUCAUCUCAACACCCUCCCCUGCCAUGCUUCUCAACCCGGCAUCCAACAACGUAGGGACGUCCUCCGAUUAUCGGGACUACUCCACUGCCAGGGAUCAACUGGAAACGGAACUACUGAACAAACCGGAAGAAGCUGAGUGCCAUCUUAUUGGAGAACACCAUCUGGAGAUCAGGCAGAGACUAGGUGGUGGCAUCUUUGGCGAUUCCUACUUAGCCCUAUGGCACAAGAAGAAAGUGGUGGCCAAGAGAAUUGUGGUGGGACUGCAUGGUAGCCAGCAGUCAAGCAGCAACGACGCCAAGUGCAAAUUCAUCGUGCAAUCUGUUUCCUUGCUAACGAAGUUACGUCAUCCAAAUUUGGUACCAGUGAUGGGCGUGUGCGUGGAGACGAGGCAGCCCUACAUCAUCAACGAAUUCAUCGAGGGCGUCUGCCUCAAGACUCUUCUGCUGAAAAGCAAGAUGGCGGGUCGGGAGGUAGCAGACGCCAUGUUAUACCUACAUUCCUCGAGUCCUCCCAUACUUCACAGAGAUCUUCGAAGUGCCAAUGUCUUCAUCACUGGCUCGUGGAAAGUUAAAUUAGGAGAUUUCGGUCUCACAAGACUGUUCCAAGAGCUGAGAAACCAGUGUGAAGGGGGGAAAAAUUGUUUCUGUGAUAAAUCCACAAGCGCCUUCCCUUCCAGCAUACGCUGGACGGCUCCUGAAAUACUGCAGAACCCAAUGUCUACCGAGUCUUCCUUCCCAAUUUUUUCAGAUCUAACCCCGAGUACUUCUUCUCUUCAUUCCACCGCUGCUGUCGCGACCACUGUAGCCACAGCCACGGCCAAAGCCGAAACCGCUCCUGCCACAGCUACAGCCACUAAUCAACAACAGACACCCACGGAUUUCCAUUUGAGUAUUCGGUCCUUGAAUGAUGUAACGCCAAUUUUCACUCCUGCCUGUGAUGUCUACUCGUUCGGGAUGCUGAUGUGGGAGCUGAUGAUUCACGAAGAUCCGUUCAGCCCGGUUGCUGAUGAAAGUAAGGUCAUUAAAUUAGUACUCGAAGGUUACCGAACUUAUUUCGCGAUGGAUGCAGCUACACCGACAACAACGUCCCCUGUGGCACAGCCAGCUCCCACAUAUCCAAGCAGCCAUUACAGAGGCGUCAUGGAAGCCUGUUGGCGGGAUGAUCCUGGACAGAGGCCAACCUUCAAACAGAUAUCGGUGACUUUCAAGUCUAUGGGUCAGUUGAUUGACAAGGGUCAAGAGAGGAGGAUGAGACGACAGGGCGGUCAAGAAAAUACGACCAACUAUUACCUAAAAUCUGCAUUGAACGUCGCAUAAUAUUUUAUAAAUUAUUUCAUUAUUAUUUUUAAUAUGUUGUGUAUGUAUAUUAAUUAUUCUGUGGGUUUAUUUGUGUGUUUGCGCGUGUGUGAGUGUGAGAGUAUGCAUGGGUUUGUAUAAAUAUUUGUGCCUAUGUGUUUGUGUAAAUUUAUAUUUUUAGCGUUAAAACAAUUGAAGACUUGAACAUUAUUUUUGUAUUUUAAUUUUUUAGCUUUCUUAUGCCAUUUUUAAAGCUGAUACUUAUGAGAACUUUAUUUUAUUUGACGAAUAAUAUUUUAAAACACCUUUCUUACUUACGUGCUUACCUGACAUUCUCAAGAAAAUUAUGUACAUUUAUGAAAAAA